AUGGCUGCGGUGCGGGCGGCAGCUUUCUAUCCAGGCGCGGUCCCUGAUACUUUGGCGCAAGCCUUCAUGCGCCAUAGGAAAGUUCAAAGCGAUGGCCCUCUUAAUAAACGUCGCAAACUUACCUCAAAGGCUCGCAGCUUACGGGACACAAGUGGCAUGUCCCCGUCACAUAUUCCAAACGGUUAUAUUCCUCUCGUCCGAUGUUAUUUGCAAUUGGAAUUUGCUCAUGAAGACCCCGCUCUCAGCGAGUGGAGCAACUCAGCUGUCACUGAUGACAGCUUGCCUGUCAUUAUUAAAAUCACUAGACCGGGCCCGUUCGAGACAGAAGGUUAUAAGGACUAUGUGGUAAUAGAGCUAGAGACGACUCAAGAGCGUGAAACUAUCUUUAUUGACUCGCUCAGUGAUCCUGAUAUUGUUAACCUUGGCAAACAUUUGGCGGUCGCGAGCGGACUCAUAUGUGCGGACCGCUACCACACAGCUAGACUGCCAACCGUGUGCUACCAGUCUACUCUCCAGUACCUUGCAAAUCGCAAGUCAUUUCGCCUCGAAACCGUUAUCUUAUGGAAAGACUCUCUUGAUAUUACCGACUACCAGAAAUUGCCUGAGUCUGCCUCGAGGGCAUUUUCUAGUUACGUGUUGCGGGAGGAAGGGGAAUACGGCCCAUAUUCCAGACACGGGGUUGCAGCGGGGAAUGGCUGGACCCCGGGGGAUUUCUACAGUAACGUCCAUGUACCCCCGGACACUCCUUCUCUCUCUGCACCUGUCAAAUGCGACAUGGUAGAGUGCGAGCUUUUCCCGUUCCAACGGCGUGCAGUGCGAUGGCUUCUAAACAGAGAAGGGAAGACGCUGAGUUCCGAGGGGGAGGUGGUACCAUUCAAAAAUGCAUCGAAAAAUGACCUGCCGGAAUCUUUCCAGCAGUUUACCGAUGUCGAUGGGGAGACUUGCUAUGCUAGCCAUCUAUAUAUGAUUGUCACAAGAGAUCUUUCUAGAUGGUACAAUGUGAACGAUCACCUUAAGGGUGGAAUACUGGCUGAGGAAAUGGGGCUAGGGAAAACCGUUGAGAUGAUCACUUUAAUGUGCUUGAAUCGCCGGGUACUGCGUCCCGAAGAAACGUUUGCUGGAGUUGGAACUGACGGUCUGAGACCAUCUGGGGCUACCUUGAUCAUAACCCCACCCGUGAUUCUGGAACAGUGGAAGCAGGAGAUUGAACUACAUGCUCCGAGUCUACAGGUUUUCCAUUAUACAGGCAUCCAACGGCAUCAGGCAUUGUCAGACCAGGAGCUACUUGAGCUCAUGGCUGAUAAUGAUGUUGUCCUUACAACAUACAAUGUACUUGCACGCGAAAUUCACUAUGCUGGAACGGCUCCUAAAAGAAACCUCCGGCAUGAGAAAAGAUUUGAACCCAGGAAAUCGCCACUGGUGAAAAUUUCGUGGUGGCGGGUAUGCUUAGAUGAAGCCCAAAUGAUCGAGAGUGGUGUAAGUAAUGCUGCAAAGGUUGCCAGACUCAUUCCUCGUCAGAUCGCAUGGGCCGUGACCGGAACGCCCCUUCGAAAAGAUAUCACCGACCUACUUGGACUUUUACUUUUUCUUCAAUACGAACCAUUUUGCGGUCCCAUUUGGAAAAGGCUAUAUGUGGUGUCCAAACCUGUUUUGGCACGAAUCGUGAAUACGAUUACUUUGAGACACAGCAAAGACCUCAUCCGAAAUGAGUUGCAUUUACCACCUCAAAAGAGAGUUGUUAUUACAGUUCCAUUUACUGCGGUGGAAGAGCAAAGCUAUAGACAGCUGUACGAGGAAAUGUGCGAGGACUGCGGGCUCGAUAUCGCGGGGUCUCCCAAGAGUGACUAUUGGGACCCGAACGAUCCCUCGGUUAUAGAAAGAAUGCGAAGCUGGCUUGUCCGGCUUCGACAAUCGUGUCUCUAUACAGCGGGGAACCGUCGCAGGGGAUUUGCUACUGUCAACGGCCCUCUGCGAUCUGUGAAUGAGGUGUUGGAGGUGAUGAUCGAUCAAAACGACGCGCUGGUACACGCAGAGGAGCGCGCUCUUCUACUUUCACAGCUUCGGCGUGGCCAGCUACUCGAAAAUGCUAAGCGCAAGCGUGAGGCUCUUGAUCUUUGGAAAUCAUCCUUGGACCACGCUAGCCAAAUUGUUCAGCAGUGCCGGGAAAGGCUACAAUUAGAAAGAAAGAAGCAGCCAACGCCUCUCACUAAUGGAGCACGGGAUGACAGAUCGUCAUUGAGUGGCGAUGAAGGCGAAGAGGUUGAGAAAAACACUCGACUUCAUGGAUUCCGUCAAAGGUUACGUGCGGCGCUCGAAGUUGAACAUAUUUCCAUCUUCUUCACUGGAAACGCAUAUUAUCAGAUAAAAUCUGAUCCUGAGCUUACGAAGGCAGAUUCCGAGGAGUUCCAGUCGCUGACAAAAUUGGAAGAGGAAGCUUACGCUAAAGCUAAAUUAAUUCGACAAGAAAUGCUAACUGAUAUCUCCCAGAAAGCCAAAAGCUCCGUAAAAAGGGUCAAAGAGAAAUCUGCGAAGGGAGAUUUCGUGGCAAUAUUGAAGAUGAAACCUGAGUUCUACAGCAAAGGCCUUGAAUCUCGUCGAGUGUUUGAACGACUCGAGGAAUUGUGCGAUAUAAUGAAUGAGCAUGCUGCCCAAUACGAUGCGUGGCGCCAAAAGAUGGUCGAACUAGUUUCACAAGCACUCAUUGACCAAGAAGACGAAUCUGAACUCGAGGGCAACGAAUAUGAGAAGUCCACAAAGAACCAGGAUGAGAUGUAUGUCUACAUGGAAGCACUCCGUGCAUUAUUUGCCGAUCGCCAUGAUGCUUUGACUGGGCAAAAGAACGUUCUCAUUGCCCAUGAAGUAAAGGGGGCAAUUUCCCAAGCGCAAAAGGGAGAGGGUCCUUCUCCGAAAUUAUACAUCGAGGUUAUGGGAAAACGAAGUGAAUUGAAGCCUGGUCCAGACCUUGGUUCCCUUCGGGGGAUUAUUACUGAGCUUCGCAGCCUUGGAAGCUCACUUGAAUGGCAAGCAAAUGGAGGAAGCUCCAGAGCUCGCGCUGAACUUGAAAUUCUCACCUCGGUCCUCAAGAACGUUGUCCACAUGUCUUCCGAACAAACAAAGAUUGCGUCCAACUUAGAGAGGGAAGUAGAAAUGUUUAGAGACACUAUGAAUCAUCGACUCGAGUACUACCGCCAGCUACAGCAAAUUUCGGAUACUGUGGCACCAUAUGACGAAGAAAGUGCUGGAAAGCCCCUCGAUCACAAGCUUUUCAACACGAAACUCGAGCAAGAAGAGGAAAUCGAUGAGAAAAUAUCAUCUUUGAAAGCGAAGGGCCGCUAUUUCAUCCACUUGCGAGACGAGUCGGGCCCAGACGAGAACUCAAAAAUCUGCAUUAUAUGCCAAGGUCCCUUUGAGAUUGGUGUUUUAACGGUCUGCGGUCACAAGUAUUGCAAAGAUUGUUUACGCUUGUGGUGGCACCAGCACCGCACUUGUCCAGUUUGCAAGAAGCGUUUAAAAGCCAACGACUUCUACCAGAUCACUUAUAAACCCCAAGAGUUUGUGGUUCAGGAGGAGAAGUCGACACCGAAUAUCGAGCUCGAUGGACACUCAAAUAAUUCUAUCUACACAAAUAUCGGCUCUGGGACUCUGCACGAAAUCAAGAAUAUCGACCUAAAAGACUCCUUCGGUACCAAAAUCGACACGCUAGCUCGCCAUAUCUUGUGGCUACGGGAACACGACCCUGGCGCUCAGUCCAUUGUGUUUUCCCAAUACAAGAGUUUUUUGGACUAUCUUGGAAAUGCGUUUAGGCGUUUCAAGAUCGGAUAUAGUAGCGUCGAUGAAUCUGACGGGAUAGAAAAAUUCAAAAAAGACCCUGCGAUUGAAUGCUUUCUUCUGCAUGCAAAGGCGCAUUCAUCGGGCCUUAACUUGGUCAAUGCAACCCACGUCUUUCUCUGCGAGCCUCUCAUAAACACAGCAAUCGAACUCCAAGCUAUUGCGCGAGUGCAUCGUAUUGGCCAACAUCGACCAACCACUGUCUGGAUGUACCUUGUCUCUGAUACCGUUGAAGAGUCAAUUUACGACAUCUCAGUGUCUCGUCGCUUAGAUCAUAUUAUUCAGAAAGAACGGGAACAAAAUACUAGUUCAGCUGCGUCGGUGGACAAGGGUCCCAGCGGAGCUGUCAUUGAAAACAUUACUGAGGCAGCUAUCGACUCCGCAAACUCUCUGGAGAUGCAAGACGCACCGCUGGCCAAGUUGAUGGAAGGUGGUGCGUUUGGAGGCGAGCUAGUUAAGAAGGACGAUCUAUGGCAGUGCCUUUUCGGCAACCCGAGGCAGGAAAAAGCUACAAACGGCCCUAUGAGCGCUGGUAGUGACGUUGCGAGGUUUUUGAGAGCAGAGGCAGCAGAGCAGAGGAUAUUAUCUUCCAAAGGACAUGAAUGA